AUGCUUGAUUGUAAAGUGUACGUGGGCGAUUUGCCCAGGGAUGCUUCUGAGAAAGAACUGGAGCGAUCGUUUCGUUACUACGGUCCUUUGAAGAGCGUGUGGGUGGCGCGCAACCCAGCCGGGUUUGCUUUCGUUGAAUUCGACGAUCCACGCGAUGCCGAGGACGCCGUACGCGCUCUCGAUGGUAAGACGAUGUGCGGGGUUCGAGUCCGGGUCGAGCACUCAACCGGCAAGGUGAGGCCGAAACCAUGGUCCCGCGGAGGUCACGGCGGUGGCGGAGGGCACGGUGGCGGUCGGGGUCCGUCUCGUCCACGCCGACCGUUCAACCCUGAGGAUCGAUGUUACGAGUGCGGCGAGAAGGGUCACUACGCCUACGAAUGUAAUCGCUACAGCCGGAGACGUAAAUCUUCGUGUGGAGGUGGAGGCGGCGGCAGUGGUGGAGGGCUUGCUUCUGGGGGUCACGGCGGUGGGGCAUCGUCCGGAGGUGGUGGAGGAUCGUCCAGCCGGUCGCGUGGGGGCGGAAGUGGCCGGAGAAGCUAUUCUCGUAGCCGAAGCAGUAGCCGGAGCCGCAGCCGCACCCCCCGAAGCCGGAGCCGCACCCCACGGAGUCCCCGAAGCCCCCGGAGUCCCCGGAGCAGAAGCCGCACCCCCAGGAGUCGGAGCUUCACCCGUAGCCCUCCAUCGAGGUCGUCUCGUUCACCUCUGAGCCGUGGAGGAAGGGACAGCCCCCCAACCAGAAAUGGGACUGACGAGAUCAUAUUGUUGUUUUUGCUGUCUGGUCCAUGCUGGAUAUUAGAAGAUACACAUGCCUGCACGCCUAAUAAGAAAGAUGAUGAUGAUGAUGAUUUUGUUUCCCGAUUUGACAAAACUCCCAGACUCAACAUGAAUUGA